AGUAUUGAACGAAAUCCCUAAUAUACAAUUUAAUCGAAAGCUCAAGCCAGAUAAUGCAGUCGACAAGCCCGAAAUACACGGAUUCUGCGACGCAGGAGAAUUAGCGUAUGGAGCAGUAAUUUUCCUUAAAUGGAAAUGUGAAGACGGUAGUUACAGUUUUAUUCCCAUUAUGGUCAAGGCAUUCGUGGCUCCGCUUAGAAAAAAGUUUAUUCCAAGAUUAGAAUUACUUGGAUGUCUAGUUCUAACCCGUAUUUACGCAGCAUGUGUUCAAGCGUUGAAAUUCGCUAAUGCAAAAGAUUGGAAUUAUGUACUCUGGACUGAUUCACAAACCGUCCUCUCUUGGAUCAAGACACCGGCAAGGAAAUUCAAACCGUUUGUAUCAGUAAGAGUGGCUGAAAUUCAAGAAAGUGUAAAUGUUGGAAAUUUCAGAUAUGUUAAAUCGAAAGACAAUCCUGCAGACGCUCUUAGUAAAGGCAUUUCCAUACACGAAUUGAAUAAUUGGAUGGCUGGUCCACAAUUCUUAAUUGGUUCCGAGGUAAUUGAUAAUUCAAGGCAAGACCCAAGCGAAAGCAACGAAGAAACGGACGUUGAAUAUAAGAGUAAAUUCAAGAGCGAAUUGAGAGAAAGUGAAGAAACAACGAGUGAAAGUUGUAAUACCGUUGAAGUCCUAAACGAUGCUUUAUUCAAACGAUUACUAGAUAAUUGUUCAUCAUUUUCUAAAAUACGAAGAACGAUGGCCUACGUUCUCCGAUUUAUUCGCAUUUUGCGAAACAAAGUCAAAGAAACAAAUCCUAUUUCUUGGAAUGAACUGAAAGUAGCAGAAAAUCUGUUGUUUAAGUGGUGUCAACAAGAAGUGGAUAUUAGAAAAUUCCCUAUCCAAAAAUUAAAGCCGAAUUUCGAUGAAGAAGGCUUAUUGCGUGCACAUGGGAGAUUAGAGAAUAUUCGAUCACUUCCGCAAGAAAUGUGCAAACCAAUUGUCCUUCCACGCGAUCAUCCUCUAGUUGUUCUGCUAUUACGCCAUUUACACGAACAAAAAUGUCAUUGUGGAUAUAAAAGCCUUGUACACGAAGCACGAAAGAAGUAUUGGAUUAUUGGAAUACGGAACGCCGCAAAGAAACUCACGAACAAAUGUAUCACGUGCAAGAAAUUACGAAGCAAACCACUGGAACAGAUAGAGGGACAACUCCGAAGUCUUCGCGUAGCUAUGGGAUUACCCGCGUUUACAAUUACAGCCAUGGAUAUGUUCGGUCCAAUUCAGAUUAGGAUGAAUCGUAAAACAUGUAAAGAAGCGCAAGUAAUAAUUUUCACGUGUAUGACAAUGAGAGCCAUACACUUGGAACUUGUGAUGGAUAGAAGCACCGAGACAUUUCUAAUGGCAUUUAGAAGAUUUGCCUGUACUUAUGGACAUCCUAAUGUCUGUUGGUCUGACCGUGGUACAAAUUUCGUGGGAGCCAAAGCUUACCUUAAAGAAGUUACGUCAAGUUGGGAUACUUCCAAAAUCCAAAAGGUUCUUGCAGAAGAAUUCAGUUGUGAUUUUAGAUGGGAAUUUAACAUCCCAAAGGCAAGUCAUCAAAAUGGAGUGUUAGAAAGCCUGAUCAAAUCAGUACGUCAUGCAAUGAAUGCGACAUGUAAAAAUCAAGCACAUACUGAAGAGCAAUGGCAUACCAUCCUAAAGGAAAUUACUUACCUGGUCAAUAGUCGACCGUUAUACCCAAGCUCGGAAGAUAUAUUUAAUGAUCCUCCAAUUACACCCAAUGACCUUAUUAUUGGCCAACAUAAUUCAUUACCAAUCCCAGAAGAAGAAAGCCAAGUCAAUCCAAGGAAUCAAGGAAGAUUCACGAAUUUUGGAAAGCCUGGAUGAAGUAUUUUGCGCCAAAUUUAUUGCCAAGAAAUAAAUGGUUUCAUAGAAGAGAAAAUUUGAAGGCCGGAGAUUUGGUUUUGGAACUUGAUUCAACACCAAGAAUGCAAUGGAAAAUGGCAAUCGUUGUUAAUACUUAUCGUGGAAAAGACAACAUGGUAAGAAAAGUCCAAAUUAAAACGGCAAAAGGAUGUUAUGAACGUCCAAUUCAUAAACUUUGUUUAAUUGCCACGAAAGAAGAAAUAGAACGAUAAAUUAAACUUAUAGUUAGACAAUUUACUAAAUAACAUUUUAGAAGAAAUCAACAAAAAAAAAGUUAGUCAUCACCUCCUAACUGGAGGGGGGUGUUUUGCCCAAGAUUACAAUAAUAAUGACUUAUAGAAAUUAUGCAUGUAUUGUUGAAUUAUGUAAAUUACGCCUAUAUAAACCAAAAAACAACCACGCCUAGUUAGAUUCAAAUGAACUUCAUCGAAGGAACUAGGAGUAACUAUAAAUUUGACUAUAUGUGUAUAUAUGUAUAAUAAACAUCACGAAAUCGUAUAGUACAAGUAAAUGCUCCUGGUUAGCCGAAGUUGUUCUGGCUCCGGAUAAAACCGCCAAUACGUGCAAAACACAAAGUGUACUUGCAUGGAAUAUG